GCGGGUCGGCGCCACUUCCGGUUCCGGCGGGUCGCCGCGCCGCGGGUCCGUGCGCGCAGCGCUCCCGGUGCGGACGGUCCGUGUGUGGCGGCGGGGCCGGGCCGGGCCAUGGGCGCUCACCUGGUGCGGCGCUACCUGGGCGAGGCGGAGACGGAGCCCGACCCGCUGCAGCUGCCGACCUUCCCCGCCCAGCUGGGGCUCUCCGACCGGCCCCCCCGCGCGAUGGUGGCCACGGCGCAGCAGCUGGCGGGGGGCCGGGUGCCGCUGGAGCAGCGGGAUUACUGCGCCCACCACCUGCUGCGGCUGCUGCGCUGCCACCGCGACGCCUUCCCCGUGCCCUGGCACUGCCGCCACCUGCGCCACGCCUGGGACGCCUGCCAGCACCGCGACUACGUCAUGCGCAUGAAGGAGUUUGAGCGCGAGCGGCGGCUGCUCCAGCGCCAGAAGCGGAUCCAGCAGCGGGAGGCGGCCGCUGCCACCAGCAAGUGACGGUGACACGGAGCGACGGUGACACGGGAACACCCGGUGACACCUGCCACCCAAUAAACCUGCGGAGGUGA